AUUAUUUUGGUUGUGUGGAAAACGCAGCCCUGUACGCACCUCUACCGAAGGCCUGCUGGGAUAUUGACUUUUAAGUGUGGAAUUGGGCCAUCUUUCAUUGAAAGCUUGGAGUUUGAGGCUUUUUGUCGAGGGUAAGUAGCAACAGUUGUGCAGGGAUGUGAUACGCAGGCGGUCGUUGUUGCACUAUGUCUGUCUGAGCAUGAGGAGAAAGUGCCUGAGUCUUAUAGGCUACCACGUCUUGCUAGUGGAUUUUGCAAGUUUGAAUCUGCAAUUUGUAUUAUGGUAAAAAGUAUUUACCUUGUUCUUCUCUUUGCUUGAUCAGGUUUCUUUCAGAUUUUGAUUAAAAUAUUAAAAUAUACUUAUAUCGGCAUAAUGGGGAUUCCCUAACUUCUCCAUAAAAUGAUUCAGUUUUAGUAAAGUUGAUUUUUUUUCUUCCCAUCUUGAGAGCUAGAUUAACCAUGAUCGACUACAAACACCAUGUUGAAAUAAAUCAAAGCACAGCCAGCUUGUGAAGCCAUCCACUGAGUGAUAUACGAUAACGGUCGACCUGCUCUUGAACACUAACCAGUCACGCGGACAACAGACAGGCAGCAAGAAAAGCGGACCACUCAGGGCUCGUACAGCAGCAGCGGCCUGCAACAUGGCGGGAUCUAUACCGUUCUAUCAGAAGAACCAUCGCCACUAUGACCGCAGCUACCGUAGCAAGGAGACGGAGUCUAAACUGAGCCGGUACCAGACCAGCAGCAGACACACUGCUGGCAGCCACACCUCCAGCACCACCAGCAGGAGCGGGGGACUUAAAGUGACUUCAUAUUCUGAGCUGGAAGCGAGCCGACUAAGCCCCGUUCCCAAGAGAGUCAAGCCAACUUACUUGGCUGUGGAUAAAGAGAACCAAAUCAUCGGCUAUGUAGUGCCUAUCUUCAGGGGCAGUCAAGACUUUUCGGACACAGGGGAAACGAGGGUGAGGGACACUGCUGCAUACAUGGCCCGCAGGGAUAUGUUCACCAGUGGCAUGGAGAUGGAGAGGUCAGAGCAGACCUCCAGGAGGGAGGCCAUGCGCGACUCGGCUGAACGCAUCUCUCUGAAUAAAAGGAUCUAUGAACACGGGGAACACUUCAAGCAUAUGAACGAAGACAGCCUGAUGCACGCCCCGGAGUUUGUGAUCAAACCGCGCUCCCACACCGUGUGGGAGAAGCAGUGUGUGCGGCUGCAUUGCACUCUCAGCGGCUGGCCUGACCCCCGGGUCGUCUGGUACAAAAACAAUGUGCCAAUUGAUUCUCUUUCCAAUGCUGGCAAGUAUAAACUUGAGAGCAGAUACAGCGUGCACUCACUGGAGAUUAACAGAUGUGAUUUUGAUGACACGGCGCAGUAUCGUGUCUCCGCCAUGAACUCCAAGGGAGAGCUGUCUGCAUUUGCCUCCGUCAUUGUCAAGAGGUUCAAAGGUGAAAUGGAUGAGUCCUUGCCAUCACCCAGACGUGCCAGUAGGCCUACUGAAGAUGGCCCAGUAUCCGAAUAUGGCAUCAACUUCCAGACUCACAUUGUUGAUAAGUUUGGUGUGUCGUUUGGAAGAGAGGGUGAGACCAUGAGUCUGGGAUGCACGGUCAUCAUUUACCCAACCCUGCACCGCUACCAGCCCGAGAUCCAGUGGUACAGAGAUGAUGUUCUGCUGUCUGCCUCUAAAUGGAACCACAUGAGCUGGAGUGGAGACCGAGCCACGCUGACCUUCACACACCUCAACAAGGAGGACGAGGGGCUCUACACCCUGCGUGUCAUCACCAAGUCCGGAUAUGAAAACUACUCAGCCUACGUCUUUGUCAGAGAUGCUGAAGCUGAGGUUGAGAGCGCUCCGGGGGCCCCUCUGGACGUGCGCUGCCUGGAUGCCAACAAGGAUUACAUCAUCGUCACCUGGAAGCAGCCGGCGGUCGAUGGUGGCGACUCCAUCUUGGGCUACUUUGUGGACAGAUGUGAGGUCGGAACCACCCACUGGUUCCAGUGCAAUGAGACUCCAGUUAAAUUUGCCCGUUUCCCCGUCACCGGCCUGGUGGAGGGCCGCUCCUAUAUGUUUCGCGUGCGUGCCGUCAACCAGAGCGGCAUGAGCCGCCCGUCCCGAGUCUCUGAGCCGGUGGCUGCCAUGGACCCGGCUGACCGCGGCCGCAUGAGAGGUACCUCUGCUCCGUGGACCGGCCAAAUCUUUGUCACAGAGGAGGAGCCUGCAGAGGGCAUUGUUCCUGGCCGGCCUCUUGAGCUGCAGGUGACAGAAGCGACCAAGAACUAUGUGGUGCUGAGCUGGAAUCCACCCGGAGAGAAAGGCCUUGAGGGAGUCAUGUACUAUGUGGAGAAGUGUGUCUCGGGCACAGACAGCUGGCAGAGGGUGAACACAGAGAUCCCCGUCAAGUCUCCUCGCUUUGCGCUGUUUGACCUCGCCGAGGGGAAAUCCUACAGCUUCCGCGUCCGCUGCUGCAACUCUGCCGGCGUGGGCGAGCCCUCCGACCCGACCGAGGCCACCACUGUUGACGACAAGCUCGACAUCCCGUCCGCCCCGAGUAAAGUGGUGCCCACCAGAAACACGGACACGUCGGUCGUCGUGUCUUGGGAAGCGUCCAAGGAGGCCAAGGAGUUGGUGGGAUACUACAUCGAGGGGAGCGUUGUGGAUAGCAACGUGUGGGAGCCGUGCAACAACAAACCAGUCAACGUCACCAGGUUCAUCUGCCACGGUCUGACGACGGGAGAGAAAUACAUAUUCAGGGUGAGGGCAGUGAACGCAGCAGGGCUCAGCCAGUUCUCCCCAGAGUCUGAGCCUGUGGAGGUGAAGGCUGCUAUUGGGGGCGGCAUCCCUCAUGCCGCCCCUGCUCCACCCUUUGGCAUCACCGUCCUGGAGUGUGUGUGCGACUCCAUGGUGCUGGCCUGGAAACAGCCGAGCUUCAUCGGCGGCGCCGACAUCACCGGCUACUUCGUGGACUAUCGGGAGGUCGUCGGCGGCGUGGCGGGGAAGUGGCACGAGGCCAACAUCAGGGCCAUCAGCGACAGGGCGUACAGGGUGUGCGACCUGAAGGAGAACAAGAAGUACCAGUUCCAGGUGCGGGCGGCCAACAUGGCAGGUGUCGGCAUCCCCUCGCUGGCCAGUGACACUUUCCUGUGCGAGGAGUGGACCAUCGCCGUGCCCGGACCUCCUCACGACCUGCAGAUAAGAGAGGUGCGCAGUGGCUCUCUGGUGUUGCUAUGGAAACCACCUGUGUACCAGGGCCGCGAUCCGGUCAACGGUUUCUACGUCGACAUCAAGGAAGCGGACGCCCCGGAGGAGGCGUGGAGAGGAAUCAACAACAAGGCCACGGGGAAGACCUUCAUCAAGAUCGAGAAGCUGACUGAAGGAGAGACGUUUGUGUUCCGCGUGCGCGCUCAGAACCAAGCCGGCGUUGGACAAACCUCCGCCGUGACGGAGCCGGUCGUCGCGCUCACCAAAGCAGGCACCAAGGACAUCGUCGUGGACGUCGACGACGACGGCGUCAUCUCCAUGAACUUUGAGUGCUGUGACGUGACGCCCGACUCCAAGUUUGUGUGGUCCAAGAAUUACGAGGACAUCGCAGACCCAUCCCGCCUGACACUGGAGACCAAGGGGAACAAAUCCAAAGCCGUUUUCAACACUCCCGAGGAGGAAGACGUUGGUAUUUACUCAUGUCUCGUCACCCACACCGAUGGUGCUUCAUCCAGCUACAGUCUCUCAGAAGAAGAGUUGAAGAGGCUGCUGGAGGUCAGCCAUGACCACAAAUUCCCCAUUAUUCCCCUGAAGUCAGAGUUGGCGGUGGAGCUACUGGAGAAGGGCAAAGUUCGCUUCUGGCUGCAGGCGGACAAGAUGACGGCUAACGGCAAAGUCGACUACAUCUUCAAUGACAACGCUCUCUCUCCCGGGGAUAAAUACAAGAUGAACUUUGACAAGAACACCGGCGUGAUUGAGCUGAUCAUGGACUCUCUGACUCCGGCAGAUGAGGGCACCUUCACCUUCCAGCUGCAGGAUGGGAAAGCGACCAACCAGUCCAGCUUGGUGCUGAUAGGAGACGUGUUCAAGGAGCUGCAGAAGGAAUCAGAGUUCCAGAUGAAAGAAUGGGUCAGAAAGCAAGGUCCUCACUUUAUCGAGUAUUUGGGUUACGAGGUGACUCAAGAGUGCUGCGUGAUACUGAAGUGCAAGGUCGGAAACAUGAAGAAGGAAACCUCGGCGCUGUGGUACAAAGACGGACACCAGAUCAAAGCAGACGAGAGCCUCGGCUUCACCGAGGGAGUCCUGAAACUGGAAAUUGCUCAGAUUUCCAAGAAGGACUCCGGUGUGUAUGAGGUCGUCCUGAAGGACGACAGAGGGAAGGACACUUCCACGUUAAAUCUGACAGAUCAAGGUUUCAAGGACUUGAUGAAUGAAGUUUUCAGCUUUAUCGCCAAUUCCUCCACUCCGCUGAAGAUCACGAGCACAGAUGAGGGCGUCCGACUCUACACCUUCGUCAACUACUACAACGAUUUGCUCCAAGUGACGUGGCACUAUAAGGAUUCGGCCGUCUCCUUCUCCGACCGCAUAAAGAGCGGCGUGGUGGGCGAGCAGCUGUGGCUGCAGAUCACGGAGCCCACAGAGAAAGACACGGGCAAAUACGCCAUCGAGUUCAACGACGGAAAGGGCGGCCUGAGGAGGACUGUGGAGCUGUCUGGUCAAGCAUUCGACGAUGCUUUUGCAGAGUUCAAGAGACUGCAAGCUGCUGCUAUUUCCGAGAGAGGCCGUGCUCGAGUAGCAGGAGGCCUGCCUGAUGUGGUCACCAUACAGGAGGGCAAGGCUCUCAAUCUCACCUGCAACAUCUCGGGCGACCCUUUGCCAGAGGUCACCUGGCUGAAGAACGACAGGGAGAUCACGUCCGACGACCACUGCAUCCUGAAGUUCGCCUCAGGCAAGUUCGCCAGCUUCACCAUCACCGCCGUGAACUCGUCGGACUCCGGCAAGUACAGCAUCCUGGUGAAGAACAAGUACGGCACAGAGAGCGGGGACUUCACUCUGGAGAUUAUAGACGAGACGCCUGACUUGGGGGUGACGUCAUACUCGACUGAUGCAGACGGAAAUGUGGUGUUUGGACCCAACACCCCAAAAGAAAAGAGGAAAACCACAGUCACUGGAACGACAACGCGGAAGGGGAAGGAAGCUGCAACUGAGACUCUUCUGGUGGAAAAGGUUGAAGACAAAGAUCGGGAGAAGGUGGCAGUUGAACCCGAAGCUUCAGAUCCAGAGCAAACAAAAGAUGGAGAAGAAGAAACUGCUGACCAAUCAGAAGCGUCCGAGCAGCAGAGCAGCCUGGACCAGUAGCUGGAACACGGCCAGAAACAAGUGAAUGGUGGACUAAAGUAUUGAUUAUACUCACAUACACACACAUAUGCUACACGUUUGAUGUGCGCUUUUCAACCUAAUAUGAUUGAUGUGUUCCCAGUUCUUCUAGACUUUGCAUUUCCGCUUAUCAAAUAAUAAAUAUAACAAUAUUCCACAUUUGUGUAUUACAAGUGUCAUAAAAACAAUUUAAAGACCACUGUUUUUAAAGUUUCCUUGAAUUCGACUUAGAUAUUUUUAUUUGUCAUCACAUUUGUAUUGAAUAAAGAACCAGCUGCAGCUUAUAUCUUUUAAACACGUUGGAGCUCAUAAUGCCAAAAGACUUUUGGAUGUGUAGAGGCUGACAGAGGUGAGGACCUCGCUAGUUGGAGGGAAGAACAACGCAAACAAGAGACAUUCUUGGGGUGAAACAGAGCAGAACUAGAAUGGGCACUCGGUAGAGCGCAUACCUUCGCAUAUCACAAGAUUGUGCAUUGUGUUAUGAGCAUUUUGGCAUUAGUUGCAUGCCAAUUGGAUAAAAAUUGACCGUGCUAUGGUAAAAAGAAGAUUUUGACCUAUCCAUGACCUUGACCUUUGACCCGAUUGAUCCCAAAAUCGAAUCAAAUGGUCCCCAGAUAAUAACCAAUCAUCCCACCAAAUUUCAUGCGAUUCAAGAAGAUGUUGACCUUUUCAUGACCUUGACCUUGACCCGAUCGAUCCCAAAAUCGAAUCAAAUGGUCCCCGGAUAAUAACCAAUCAUCCCACCAAAUUUCAUGAGAUUCGGUUUAAAACUUUUUUUGUUAUGCGAAUAACACGCAUACAAAUAAAUAAAUAAAUAAAUACAUGGCGAUCAAAACAUAACCUUCCGCAUUUUCAAUGCGAAGGUAAUUAAUUAAAAUCAACAAGUGUACAAGUUGUAGAGGUCCAGGAGGCCAGAGCUCAGACACAUUGCAGGGACAUAGCAAGCAACACAAACAAUUAAAAAGACCUAAGGUCACACACGCUUCAGCUAAAUCUCAUGUUUGUGCGCCAUGGUUUUAAAUCUUUUGAAAUUCAGGCAGAUAGUUUUAACUUGACAAGGUCCCCAAUCGAGGAAAUCCCUGUGUAAACAUCCACAGUCCGACUCAGCGGGUGUUUCUGGGGAACUGAAACUCUGUACUUCCCUGCAGAGCGAGUGAAUGCUCCGCUUUGUUUGUUCCUCCUUGUAUUCGUCAGACAGCUGUUGGCACACUGGCUCUUCUCCGGCUGAGGAUUCAGAUUUAACUGCCUCACUGAACUGGUCGGGAGCAAAUCCCUGAACAUCUCAGAGCCCCUUCAGGACUGCUGCUCUGAAGCCGAUUGAGACCUCUGACCUCCGAAUGAAGAGCGUGGAUAAUGUAUUUCUUCCUGUGAUCAUAAAAUGAUAUCACAUUA